AUGGCUGAAGGAGAACCAGUCCUGGGAAGCAUCUACGUCUAUGCUCCAAACCAAAUUGCGCCGAUAUUCUUUGCCAUUGCAUUUGCUUGCUCGGCAGCUGGACACAUAUGGCAAUGCUAUCGGUACAAAGCGUUUCUCCUCGUUGGCUUGCACCCAGGUUGCGCCAUUAUCCUCACCGCCGGUUAUGCUCUCCGCGAGUAUGGAUCCUUCAAUUACCUCUACAGCCACCAGAACCUCGUCGCCUUUAUCUGCAGCCAAAUCUUUAUCUAUAUCUGCCCACCCGCUCUUGAACUGGCCAACUACCACGUCCUCAGCCGCGUCUUUCACUACGUCCCACACCUCCCACCGCUCCGACCAAACCAUGUCAUGCGCACCUUUGGCGGUCUCAUGGCAAUCGUCGAGACGCUCAAUAGUGUGGGCGUUUCCCUAUUUGCCAACCCUACUGCUCCGCAAUCGCAGUUGAGUUUGGGAAAGAAUCUCGUCCUCGCCGCUAUCAUCAUUCAGCUCGCCAUCAUCAUCAUCUUUUUCGUCAUGACCGGCAUCUUCCAUUUCCGCUGCGCCAAGGCGGGGUUUACUCGCAACAAGACGCUAACGACGCCAUUGUUUACCCUGUAUGCAAGCAUGGUGUUGAUCUUUGUGCGGUGCAUAUAUCGUCUGGUGGAGAAGACGGCGGUCAAGUCUGUGUGGAUCCAGGACCUGGAGGAGCUGAAGCGACUGAGCCCGCUGCUAAGAUAUGAGGUCUUUUUUUACAUAUUUGAAGCGAGCCUGAUGCUGGUCAAUUCGGUCAUGUGGAAUAUUUGGCAUCCCGGACGGUUUUUGCCGCGCAGUCACAGAGUCCAUCUGGGAGAGGAUGGGUCAGUCGUUAUAACGGAACCGAAAGACGGAAAGCUCGGUAAGCGGCCGUUAUUGCUGACGGUGGGGAAUAUCUUGACAUUUGGACUUCUAGACUUUUUUGUCCCGGGAGAAAAAGAGAAGGGUCGGGAAUAG